ACUCCCACUAGAUUCAGGUGAGCUCAUCGAUAGGUGCUCUCACGCCAUUCACCAAGCCCGGCCGGCCGGCAGCUCCCUUGGUACUUUGGUAGCGCGUCUAACGGCCAUGGCGAAGCUUGCUGCGCAGCUCAAGAUCAAGUUCUUUGGCCUCGUCGGCCGCAUCGCUAGCUGCGGCCGCGCCGGCGCCGGCGCCGCUUACAAGGAUGCCGCUGGUGCGACGACAGAGACCACGUCAGUGGCAACUCAGCCUGUUGAGAUCAGGUCAAGGGGAGGUGCUCCGCGCGUGGAUGGAGGGGCCAAGGGCCAUAUCAACAGCGACCCCAUCUAGAGGAGGAGGAGGAAGAGGAGAAGAAGAAGCUCAUGGCCAAGACGGUGCUUGGACAUCAUCAUCCAGAGGAGUAGAAGCUUAGUUAAUUACCUGCCUGAAUGAACUGAACUGAAGCUGUAGUAAUGUAAACGGAAACCAUUCGCCGUUGCCUGUGCUAUUCUCCCAUGCAUGUUUUACCAUAUCCUUUUCACCUUUCCUAGUGUCUGUUAUGCUUGCUAUGUCUCCUACUUUCAAGCUCUGAUGUGUUAAUGGUGUGGUAACACACAAUUUUCUGAUUAGAGAGCAGCCUUUUGCUUAUCAUCAAAUAAAUCCAAGCCUGCAGUGAAA